AUGCACACCCCCCUAUCCUCCCCCAUCACGCCAACAUCUCCCCUUCGCUCCCAGACCAAGAGGCCCAACUCGGAAAAAGGCAAAGUUAGGAAUUUUACCUACUUGGGCUGGGAGAUGGUUAGUGCUGAUGGUUGA